CGUUCAUUGACGACUCAGCACAAUGCUGCUGAGACCGCGGAGGCGCACAGAGGCGAGCAGAGCGAUGAGAUGCUCCCAUCGAGGAGGACACAGAUGGACAGCCUAGUUCAGCCGCUCGUUGCCCAGUACCUCGCCAUGGGAUGUCAGUCGAAAGAAAACAACCAAAACGAAAGUGUCCCGUCGGACGAGAAAGGAAAGGACGACGCUAGAGUGACUCCAAGAUGCAGCUCCAGGUCUAGAGUUUCUCCUCCAGGCCGCCCUCACAGGUUCCACAAACCCAGCCCGACCCAGACCGUCCCGGCCAAACCCAUGACACCCUUGGGACACCUCACCAAGGGGGGAAGCUGGGAGGAGCUCAUCCAGGCCUGUCUGCAGUGCUUCGACCCCGACGGCGGUGUGUGCGGGAGCAGCCACCUGUUGAACAUCACCCUGACCAUGCACCGGCUCCUCACCUCGUCCAGCGAGCUGCUGGACAAGCUUGUGGCUCUAUUCAAAACAGCGCUGGACAAUGAGCAGCCAGCAGAGUGCCAGAGGAUAUGCUACCUCAUCAGGUAUUGGAUCCAGGAGUUCUGGAUGAUGUUCCGGCUGGACCGCAGUUUGUCGGACAGCCUGGACCAGUUCCGGGAGCUGAUCAGAGAGCAGGGACAGGAGCAUCUUUGCUCUCUCCUAGAGACCAAAUGGAUAAGCGAGCGGGACUGGUCGUGGAAGGCCAGCCAUAAGAUCAAACCCCACAGCAGCAAAAAGAGGAAGGUCUCGCUACUCUUCGACCACCUGGAGCCCAUUGAGUUGGCCGAGCAUCUCACCUUCUUGGAGUUCAAGUCUUUUUGCAGGAUAUCAGUGAGUAUGACACUAGCUCUAAAAUGUCUACGUCUAUAUUUUCCACCUCUUGGUAUUUCCUCCUCGCGAGAAACGCUUUGCAGUUUCCGUGCAGCGCUUCACGCACCCCUACCUCCCUCCCUCCCUCUCUCUCUCUGUCAGUUUGUAGACUAUCUGAACUACAUCCGCAGCUGCUGCAUGAAGGACAUCCCCGUGAUGGAGCGUUCCAUUGCGUUGUGUAAUGGUGUCUCCCAGUGGGUUCAGUUGAUGGUGCUGAGUCGGCCAACUGCUCAGCUGAGGGCUGAGGUUUUCACCAAGUUUAUCCACGUGGCACAGAGUCUACAUGUCAUGCACAACUACAACACACUAAUGGCAGUGGUUGGAGGUCUUUGUCACAGCUCCAUCUCCAGACUAAAAGACACCACCUCACAUGUUCCCAGUGAGGUCACUAAGGUACUUAAUGAGAUGACGGACCUGCUGUCCUCGUGCAGAAAUUUCGACAACUACAGGCAAGCUUACAGCAGGUGCACAGGAUUUAAAAUCCCCAUCGUGGGCGUCCACCUCAAAGACCUGAUUUCGGUCAACGAAGCCAUGUCAGACUACGUGGAGGACAACAAGGUCAACGUCCAGAAGCUCCAGGCGCUCUACAGCCACAUCAACGAGCUGAUCCAGCUGCAGCACAUCCCGCCUCGGCUGGACGCCAACAAGGACCUGGUCCAUCUGCUGACGCUCUCCCUGGACCUUUACUACACCGAGGACGAGAUCUAUGAACUGUCUUACGCCAGGGAGCCCAAGAACUGCAAAGCACCUCCAGCCACCCCCUCUAGACCUCCAGUGGUUGUGGACUGGGCAUCAGGAGUAGCCCCCAAACCUGAUCCCCGAACCAUCAGCAAACACGUGCAGCGAAUGGUGGAUUCCGUGUUCAAAAACUAUGAUCACGACGAGAACGGCUUCAUCUCUCAAGAGGACUUUGAGAAAAUUGCCGCCAGCUUUCCUUUCUCCUUCUGUGUCAUGGACAAAGAGAAGGAAGGCCUCGUCAGCAGAGAGGAGAUCACGGCCUAUUUCAUGCGAGCGAGUGUCAUCUGCUCCAAACUGGGCCUCGGGUUUGUCCACAACUUCCAGGAGACCACGUACAUGAAACCCACGUUCUGUGACAACUGCUCAGGCUUUCUGUGGGGUGUCAUCAAACAAGGCUACAGGUGCAAAGACUGCGGGAUGAACUGCCACAAGCUGUGCAAGGACCAGGUGGCGUUUGAGUGCAAGAAGAACGCCAAAGCAGGCAGCGCCAUCGACAGUCCCACGCCGAGCUCCACGCCGAGCUCCACGCCCGUCACCAUGAGCACCUCAGAUGGUUCAGAGGAAUGUCCCUUCCCUUAUCCACCAGAUGACAACAAAGACUGGAGCCCAGACUCCCCAGUCAUCCCCACCUCAAGACCUCGGAAGGUUCACAGUGGCACUCAGACAGACGGACCUCAAUUAUUGGCUGCGGCCCCCGAGGCCGGCCGCCUGCAGCCUUGCCUGAUAGUCCCCGCGGCGCCCACCUUGACCUCGUGUCCCAGCCCGGUGCCCCAGAGAAAACAGCGGCACUGCGUCAAGUGGGAAAACAGAGCGUCUGUCGUGCAAAAGCCUAAAGAGCCAGAGGAAGACAACAAACCUUCCUAUGAAACUCUGGAAUCAGAAAACCAGAGGCUGCAGAAAGUCAAUGAGACACUACGUAGGAAGCUGAAGGAGACAGAGCGGGAGGUGGAGAUACUAAAGACACUGCUGAAGAGACACGCUCUCCACCCCGUGGAGGAGGACGACUCCUCCUCUUAGACAUGUAUUGACAGAAUACUGCAGCUUCUCCAGGGAGACUGCUGCUGCCUCCCUCUGGCAGCACGUAGAAGUGGAUUCAGUUGUUAACUUAUUUGGUCACAAUGGACAGUGCAGGACAAAUCAUCAGUAUAACUUUAUGUUAUAAAAUAGGAGACAAUAGAAAUAGCCAGUGGGGGGGUUUAAUGCAGUAAUGGUACACAGCCAUUCAGUUUAAAUAUUAUUAACUUUACAGUAUGAAUAUGCUACAAAGGCUGUAGUGUUUGACAGGAACUAAAUAACAAAUUAUCUUAAGAGUUCAAUGGAGUGCAGUAUUUUAGAGUGACAAAAAUAGCAGAAAGUGAUCAAUCUUUGGUCAGUUAAUGGCCUGAGAUAUUUAUGUUAAACAUAAAGUGGAAAUCGGAGGCCACAGUAAAUGAAUGCAGCUUAGUAUUUUUUUAAAAAACGCAAAAGACGUUUGUGGCACGAGUGACAGGUCUUCUUUGUUUGCUCCUUCUUCUCAUUAUUAUUAUUAUUAUUAUUAUUAUUAUUAAUUAUUGUUAUCAUCAUUAAUAGUACAGCAGCAGAUUAACAGUUCAUCACAGCGUGAAUGGCCUCACAUGUACGCGGUCGAUGUCAUAAACCUGUAGGCGCACAUGCUGUGAAUAUUUAUUGUCUGAAACACUAACCAUAAUGAUAUGUGACGAGUGGGAUAAAUUAACAUUUUUGUACAGUUUGCUGGUACAUUCAGUGAAUUACUGUAUUUAUGCUUAUGUGUUGGCAUCAUAUUGAUACUUUCUAUCGUGCAGCCGUCAGUUUAUUACCAUUAUUAUUAUUAUUAUUAUUAUUAUUGAGUCGUCCACUGUAGCAGUGUUGUACUAUGAGCGGAAGUCAGUAUGGGUGUGUUUGUACUAUGUACUGUAAAUACAAAGUAUACAUGGUGUCGUCUUAUAGUGCGUCCCCCGUCUCUCAGUAUUGUUUCUCUCAUUGUUAGAAUAAACCACAUCCUGUGCAAAGAAAAA